AAGAAUAACUGAGAUCUUCUUCAACCUUCCCUCAAAAAAAAAAAAAAAAAUCUUCUUCAACCUAUCUUCUUCAACCUAAUUUCAGUUUUCUGGCGGAAAAACUUUGAUACAAUCAGCAAGUUUGGUUGGGAAACGUGAAUAUUAGAUUGAAAUCUCGUUUCCCAUUCGUUUCCGGGAUGAAUUCAGUUUCAAACACGUCUCCAUUUUUCUGAAACGGUUUCGGCGGGUUCCGAAACGCGUUUCCCAGUUUCCCCGUUCCAGGACGUUUCGGAAACGGUAAUUCGUGAUUUUUUGGCGUUUCCGUGCUUCGUAGGAUUUAAGGAUGUCUAGUUUGAAGUUCUGCAACAGUUGCAGAGGACCUCGGCAAGUCGAAACAACUGAUUUGGGUUAUAUAUGUUGUACUUAUUGUGGCAAGGUCGUUGAUGAAGAUAUUUAUUCAAAUGAGCCAAGUUUUACUAAAAAUGCGGCAGGGCAGAGUCAGAUGACCGGGAAUUAUGUGAAGACUGUGCAAGCUGAUAAUGCAGUUUCACGGGAGAGGACAUUAAAUAGGGCAUAUGACUUCAUUAUUCACAUGGCUGAGAACUUGGGUGUGGGUGGUGGAGAUCAAGUAGCGCGACCAGCUGUACGAUUCUAUGAAAUAGCUGUCGAGAAAGAUUUUGUGCGGGGACGUAGAGCUGAUCUGGUACGAGCUGCAUGUCUGUACAUUGCAUGUCGGGAAAACAACAAACCAUUCCUUCUGAUUGAAUUUUCAGAGUUCUUGCGAGUUAAUGUCUAUGUGCUAGGUGCUGUAUUUUUGCAGCUCUGCAAAGUAUUACAUCUUCAAGAACACCCAAUUGUUCAAAAACCAGUGGAUCCGAGUCUGUUUAUUCAUCGGUUUGCAUAUGGUCUACUUGGGGAGGGAAACGAUGAUGUUAGGAAGACUGCUUUACAUAUUAUGGCUAACAUGAAGCUAAAUUGGAUGCAGACAGGAAGAAAACCUAGUGGCUUAUGCGGGGCAGCAUUAUAUAUAUCUGCACUUUCACACGGUUUCAAGUUUACAAAGACGGAUAUAGUGAAAGUUGUGCAUAUUUGUGAAGCCACAUUGACCAAGAGGUUAAUUGAAUUUGAAGGAACUGAAUCAGGGGGCCUUACGAUAGAGGAAUUCGACCAAAAAGCUGAGGAGCUUGAAAGAGAUUAUAAUGUAGUCAAACAUACGAAUUUUGGGGACAUGACUAAAGAAGAACUACUUUGUGAACAUAAGGGUAGUGGAAAGCCGCAGUUUGCUCAUGGACUUUGUGAAAGUUGUUACCAUGAGUUCCAUAAAAUUUCAGGAGGUCUUGAUGGGGGUUUGGAACCCCCAGCUUUCCAGCGCGCUGAGAAAGAAAGAGCAUUGAUAGCAAGUGCAGAAAUGGCUGCAGAUUCUCUUUUGGAACCUGAGCUAGUGAACAGUUGUGAACACUUAAAGAUGGAGAAAGAGAAAAGACUUGGUGCUGGAGAAAUUGACCAAAUGAUGGCAGCAGGUGUCAAAGCUCAGCAUAAGUCUGUAGAUGAUGUUGGUGAGGAAGCUGGAAAAACUGAUUCCAUGGGUAUAGAAGGCGGUGAAUCAGAUAACUUUUCGGACAUUGAUGACGAUGAGGUUGACGGUUACUUGAAUAAUGAAGAGGAGACGCACUACAAGAAGAUUAUCUGGGAGCAGUUGAAUCGGGAAUACCUUGAGGAACAAGCAGCUAAAGAAGCAGAAGCUGCUGCGGCGGAAGCAUUGCAGCUGGCCAAGUUUGAGAAAGGGUCAGCAGAGUGGCUUGAUGCCAAAAGACUAGUGGAUAAAGCUGCUGCAAAUUAUGCAGCAUCGAAAAAGGGACGUCAGCAAAAAAGAGCUGCUGAAACAAAGAAUCCUCAGACUGCUGCCGAAGCAGCUCAUCAAAUGUUGUCUAAAAAGAGGAUCAGUUCAAAGCUCAACCAUGACAGAUUGAAGGAAUUGUUUGAUGAACCUGUAAUUCCUGAUAACGCAAAGAAGAGUCGGGUAGACACCAGUUUAGAAAAGAACAAUGAGUAUGAGUUGGAGACAGUUGAUGAAUAUGAAGAGAUUGGUGAUGUAAACUACCAAGAUGAUUCAUAUUAUAAUGAAAUUGAUGAUGGUGAUGAUGGUUUGUUCUGACAGCACCAGCUGCUCGCUUUAGUUUUAAUGUCGAACCCUUAGGUUAGACUACAGUUUUUUUUUUUUUUUAAAUAUAUAGAUAUAGCUAUUGUAUAUUAUUCUUUGCACUCUGGUCUUAUUUUUCUUUUCCAGUAAUAAAAUAUACAUGUUUGGGGGAGGUUGGAAUAUAGGAAAGAUGGGAAUAUAGGAAAGAUGGGAGUUAUAUGUUACUACACAAGUCAAUUCUUGUGAUGUCAUUGUUCAUUCUUAAAAGUCUUUGCUUUACAGUCAUGUACUGGUAGGAACUUGUAAAGCUCUGUAUUGUCAAGUUUGUAAACAAAUCACUGCAUUAUAAAAUAAUAUAUUAUUCCUUUUCAUUA